UGGACAGUGAUGCCAUUCUUCCAGGGGACAAUGAUGUCAUCCUUCCAGGUGACAGUGAUGUCAUUCUUCCACUUAGCGGUAAAAGGAAACGAACAUCUGUAAAUACAGUUUGUGAAACAGCUUCUAUGGAGAACAUUCCCAUAAUGGAUAAACCUGUAGCUGACGUUUUAAGUGAAGUGCAUGAAAGUUCCACAGAAUAUUAUUUAAGAAAUGUUACAGUUGACUGCUACAGUGACAACAAUGGUAAGAGAGUAUAUGCAAAGUCAGUUUAUUGCAUGUUCUGCAAGAAUGCUUUACAAAGCAAACUGAAACCACACCUAGAAGCAUGCCAUUCAGAUGAAAAAGAGGUGAAGGAAUUCCGGUGUUUACCACUGCAUUCAGUAGAAAGGAAAAUGGCUCUUAAGAAGAUACUGAAUGAAGGAAAUUUCCUACAUAAUUGCGAGGUCCUUAAAGCUGGAAAAGGUACAAUGAUAGUAAGCAGAAGACCUAAUGUGAAAACUGGGAAGGUAGAUGCAAGCAAAUUUCUUCCAUGCGAAUAUUGCCUCGCAUUUUUAGAAGAAAAGUGGCUAUGGUUGCAUGCAAAAUCAUGCUAUUUUAGACCUGGCAAUGUUGUCACAGAAAAAAAUUACAAAAGAAACUCUAAAAUGAUUAUAGAACCUUUCAUAUUGAGAAGUCAUGAAGAAGAAGAAGAAAUAGAUAGUCUCAUAUCAAAAAUGAAGGAAACAGAACAAAAUCCUGGCUUGAAAGAUAUUUGUUUUCAAGAUGUCUUGAUUAGAGAGUUUGGAUUAUCUUUAUUACAUAAGCUAGGUACAUCUGAAGAACAAAGAGUGAAAGAUAAAGAUAAUGUGCGCACAAAGAUGAGAUGUGUAGUUCUGAGA